CGCAGCCAGGGCUGGGCACCAGGCGGCGCGCGGGCUUGUUUGCCGGCGGGGGCUGCAGCUUGGCGGAGACGACCCGCGCCUGCGGGGGUGGGCGGAGGCGGGGCCGCGCAUCCGGACAGAAGCCAAUCGAUGCCCUCGGAGCCUCCAGCGCCGGCCCAGGGCAGAGGCCGCCGGACCGCGGAAGAGGCCUGGAAAUCCACACGGGUUCCUGGAGACGGUGCCUCUGCUCUGCGGGUUCGUGGUGGGGAAGUCCACCCACUGCUCCCCUGCGCCCGCCUGCCGGUCCACGCCCGCUGCACUCAGCACGGAGGACCAUGUCGGUGACUGAUCAGGCUUUUGUCACACUGGCCACCAAUGACAUCUACUGCCAGGGUGCCCUUGUCCUGGGGCAGUCACUGAGGAGACACAGGCCAACGAGGAAGCUGGUGGUGUUGAUCACUCCUCAGGUGUCCAGCCUGCUCAGGGCCAUCCUCUCCAAGGUGUUCGAUGAAAUAAUUGAAGUGAAUCUAAUUGAUAGUGCGGACUACAUCCACCUGGCCUUUCUGAAGAGACCUGAGCUUGGGGUCACCCUCACCAAGCUUCACUGUUGGACUCUCACUCACUACAGCAAGUGUGUCUUCCUGGAUGCAGACACUCUGGUGCUGUCCAAUGUCGAUGAGCUGUUUGACCGGGGAGAGUUUUCUGCAGCCCCGGACCCGGGAUGGCCGGAUUGCUUCAAUAGCGGGGUGUUUGUCUUCCAGCCUUCGCUGCGCACGCAUAAACUCCUGCUGCAACACGCCACGGAACACGGCAGCUUUGAUGAAUGGAAAUCCAUUGGGACAGGUCCUUUGGAGGCUGUCUUUGAGGGGCUCCAUGGUAGUUGGGUGCUUUCUGGGUGUCUUUUAUCGCGUCUGAGUGGAAAUCAGAAUCCCUUCUGUUUCCCUCUCAGAUUCGGUUCCAGUGCAAAGGUCGUCCACUUUUUGGGGUCCACAAAGCCUUGGAACUACAAGUACAAUCCACAGAGCGGCUCGGUGUUGGAGCAGGGCUCAGCGCCCAGCAGCCAGCACCAGGCGGCGUUCCUUAAUCUCUGGUGGACCAUCUACCAGAACAACGUGUUGCCCCUUUAUCAAAGCGUCCAAGCAGGGGGAGCACUCGCAGCUCCUGGACACACACUUUGCCUCAGUGAUGUUGGGGCGCCGUGUGCAGAUUCAGCAUCCGGUGCUGGAGAGCCGUGUGCAAAUUCAACACCUACUCCUGGCGUGCCAUGUGCAAAUUCAGCACCUGGAUCUAACCAGCCUGCUCAGGGCCUUCCAGAGCCAACCCAUCUCAUAGUGGAUGAGAUCCUGUCUCUGCCUGAAGGACGCCGUUCAGAAGAUAUGAUAGGUUGUCCUGAAAUUGAGACUCCUGCUGCGAUAACGUGUGACCCACUGUCUCAGCCUUCCCCUCAGCUUGCAGACCUCACAGAGACUGAAGCCACCUUGCAGCCAGCAAAUAAUGUCGAAAGUGUCCCAUCUAAGGAAACCUUCGAACUGAGCCAGGAACUCCCUGCUGAGGCCGUCAGGGACCCCAGUCCACACAGUGCUCUGGAGGUCGACCUGGCCGUGUCUGUUUCCCAGAUCUCCAUUGAAGAGAAAGUGAAGGAACUGAGCCCCGAGGAAGAGAGGAGGAAGUGGGAGGAAGGCCGUAUUGACUACAUGGGGAAGGACGCGUUUGCCCGCAUCCAGGAGAAGCUGGACCGCUUCCUGCAGUAAUCCGGCAGUGGUGGGCGUUGUGUGCAGUUAGACAAUGUUCUGUUGUUGGGUGGUUGUGUUGCGUGGAAAUCUCGUCUGGUCCCUUCAGAGGGAAAUGCUGUUGAACCUUGUGCCUCUAUUUAUGCUUAAUCCAUUUGAGUGCCUCACACAAGGAACGUAGAGGAUAGAAAUCCACCUUAACGCCCCUCGCCCCAACCCCUGCACCAAUGCCUUCUGGGCUCUCUUCAGAGCUCAGUUCUACCCUUCACCUUGUCGGCAAAAGCGAGCAAUAACAAAAUUCUAGUAGACCCUUGGCGGCGGUCUCUGCUCUUACCUGAAGUAUGGUGGCGCUGUGUCGUACAGGUGCUAAGAGACCUACCCUAUUUAGAAUUAAACCUCACUGCAGACUUCCUCCCAUCACUAAGCUAACAACGCUAAUAUAUGUAUUUAGCACCUCUGAGCCUUUGCAAAGGAGACCCAUGUCUGUAGGGCUAAGGAAACAUUUAGACGUCGUGACUUUGACUCUCAUUUGGACUUGGCGAAGUGUAUCUGAGAAACACCCCGGCUGUGGUCUCUCUGCUUUAAAUCCUAACAGGACUUCUAGUGCUGUUGACAGAAAUUCUACCUGUGGACGUUGGGAAGAAAGAUUGUAGGUGGCCCGGGGGAUGUAAGGUCUUCUAAACCGAUUCACUUCCUGGUUUAGAAGAAUCAAGGGCUUGCCCCCAAACGAUUUAGAGCAACAACUUGCUGACGAUAACAGGAUCUAGAGAUGCUCUGUGCUUGACGAAAAAAUCAGUGUGCGGUCAGUCUACCCUCACUACCUCAGUUCUCAGUAACUUACUGAAUCACUGUGCUCCUCAAAGCCGUUCCCACACAGCUCUUUCUGGAGAAUUCUCAGUUUUAUGAGACAGGACACUUUAUUCCAUGAGAAAGGCUCAUUGUCAGAGCAUCUUCAUUUAAUGGACACAGUAUGCUGUGUAUGUCACCAGGUGGCCGUCAGGAGCCACCGAGAGUGUCAUUAAAAUGGGCACGUUGUAAUAAAGAGAGGAAAGUGUGAUUUUUGAAAUGUUUGGAAGGUUUAUUUAGCAUGCACAUGCCAGGGAAAAGCAGAGAGGAAAUGAGAGACGGGAUAGGAAGGCCGUGGGAGAGCUCAGUCCUGGCUUGUGUUGGUUGGAUGUGUUUACGUGGAGAGGCAUGGCCACUUUUUAUGUCACCUGAAGCAGUUUAGCCCUUUGGGUAAAGGAACAUGCCUGGAUUUAUGGCAUUAGUGGUGGCGGUUUUUUGUGCAAGAUGUGGGUGAUGGAGGGACUGUUUCUUUUUCCGUCUGAGUUGUUAAUAGUCUGCAGUCUCAGAGGGCAGUGCUCAUAGGACAUUUCAGGGGUUAAUUUAAAACAGCCAUAUGGAUAUAGUCUCAGGUGAGUCAGGGUUAGACGGUCACCGGCUUUCAGAGGGAGACCACGGGAACAUUCAGGGAAAGAACGUCAGCUUCUUUGGGGACCAGAAUUCAUGUUCACGGGCAGUGAUGAGUUGGCUCAUGGAGUGAGUCCAGUAUGGAAUCCUGCUGUGCGUUCUAGCCUAUAUCAUCUCAUUUGGACAAACGCUGACGUGUUUAAAUUAAAAUGUUAAAAAACAGU